AUGAAGAGCAGCACCUGCGGCAAUCUAUUGAGUACAUUCUACAUGACGCGCAGCCAGUGCAUUGAAGCCGCUCGACGCACACGCACGCAGAGAUGCCCUCAGUGCCGGACCAUGAAUACGUCGUGCGGAGAGACAUGGGAGCGCAUUACAACUGCAAUUCGACUUUCCGGAAAAAGGCACAGCAUGCCCGAGACAGUCUUGAGCUUUGCCACCAUGCUGGACCUUCUCAUACACCUCUACAGCCGCCCAGGAGACGCUUAUGCCGCCGUUGAUCGUCUGACGAUGCCCACGGACCGCUGUUUUGGUGACCUGCAGAGGCAGCUGCAAUCCUUUCUCAGGCUAGACGGGAGCAACACGGUGCAGCUUCUUCUCCACGGAGCCAUGGCCGACAUGGGCUACGAGCCCGACCGCCAGAAACAGUUGGACCCAACGGCCGUGGAGAUGUAUACUUCGUUGCUGACCGCGCUCAUCCAAAGCCGCAGCCAUGACGCGAGCCUGAAAACACCGCUCCUACGCAGCGCCGCCAGCCUCCGGAUCUCGGGCGAGGUCACGCUCGCCAUGGUCCUGUUUGCAAGCUGCUGGUUCUCCGAGUACGACCCGUCCUCCGUCCCCCCGGUGAUCAAGGUGUGGUGCGCGUGGCUGCCGUCGCGGCAGUCGGACGACCAGGAAGCCGGCGUGAACCCCGAGAAGCACAUGUACGUCGGCGCCGGGCCGCACGACGCGCGGGACGAGCUGCCGAGGCACAACGGCCGCGGCGUGGUCAACUUUGCGCUCCGGAGCAUGGUGCCCCGGGCCCGCCACGAGGGCGCCUGGGACGUGGCUGCUUUCCGCGACGUCAUGGCGUUCCGGAGCGGGAUGCUGGUGGCGGACUGCGUGUCGCGGGACAACCGUGACAUAGCGGCCUUUAUCCAAGUCGCCGGGCAGUUUCCGGCGCUGCUGGACCCUUCCGAGACAAGGGACGUAUGGUCCGGCCACCCGAUCGUCCAUCUCGGGCGCGCCGCCAUGUAUAUACGACAGAUCAAGCACCUCGUUGUCUGUUCGGGACGCCCGCGGGAGAUGGGCAUCGUGUUUGGCUUGCUGUAUGCGCUGUCGAGCCCCCGGCACAACAAGUACAUACGGGGGUUGGUGUCUCCGAGUCCGUCGCAGUCGGUGGUCUGCUGCCCUGCCCCCUUUUGCGGCGCCGAUGCGUUGCCAUGCGACUUGGACAGGCCCCUGCCCGUUGACGAGGGUGGCGCUUCGACAAAUCCGGUGCGGCUUCUGGUCGCGUCGAUAGUUCAGGAGGGGCUGGAUGCCGAGGCAUGGCAGGAAAACAUCAAUCGUCGCCUGCGGCUCUGCCAUGAGUGGUCUCGUGGGAUGCAUGGCCAUUUAGGACCGUAUGAUCCUGUCAGCGCCGCCAGGGCCGUGGCGCCGACAUGUAUACGGAUCCUCAUGCGCAUAGCCGAGCUCUGUGGUUGCGACAUGACGUCUGGCAUGGGAGGCCGUGCCGAGGGUUUGUAA